CCAGAAACGGAAGAGGCCUUGCCCAUGGACGCGCCGCUGGCGGCGACGCGGCCGGCGAGCCGUCGCUCGAACCCCGUGGUGGAGCGGAAGCUCGUCGAACUUGACGAUUGCCUCGUCAAGGCGCUGAACUCCCGACCGCGGCGCUAUGACGUGGACGCCAGGCUAUUCCCGGAGAUCCAGGCCAGGAUCGACUUCCUCCGCUCGCUCAUCGCCGCCGAGCGGGACAGCCACAGCCACAGCGGCGGGCGGCCGGGGCACCUUGUCGAGGCCGAGGAGCGCUUCAGCGUCCUCGAGAGGGCGUUCCAGCAGUGGGCGCAGAGUGUCGUCGCCGCGGCAGCCGAGGAAGAAGAAGCCGAUCAGGCGGCAUCCGAGUCCGAGUCCGGGUCGUCCGGCGGCUGCUCAUGCAACGACUCCUGCUCCGGCUUCGAGUUCACGGGCCCGGAGGUGGCGUCCGACCCCAAGUGCAACCCCGAGAGCGGCGACGCGGCGGAAGCACAAAAGGAGGCGGCCGCGGCGAUAGAGGUGGCGCCCACGACAGGUACUACCGCUCGGCGGCGCUGGUGGAGACGGCGCGCUGCUCUGUGCGGCGCUGCUGGCGUGGUGGCGGUGAUCGCGCUCGCGGCCGGGUUGGCGUUAGAGUUUGCCGCGGUGUCGGGGCCGUCAGUCAACCUUGUUCCGACGUAGAUUACGUGAUGGGUCUUUGUUUUUUAUCCUUGUUCUUCCGCUGUUGUCAGUGUUGUGAAGUUAAGUUGCCAUCUGUGUAUCGAUCUCCUUGCUUUAUUCAGUAAGUACAAGUGUAUAAUUGUAAGUUUCUGAAUAAAUACUCGGUUUCACAGUCUCUCUA